GCAAGCAGUUCAAGUUGAAAGUUCAAGUCAGCCAUUUUGUUUGGUACAUUAUUGUGGUGAGGUGAGAUUCCGGCAUUUUCAGUUUCAGUUGCCGUGCUCCCAAUUUCUUUUUCUUUGCAAAUUGAGGUGUUUAGUUGAUUCAAUCUACCUUAAUUGCACAAAGUUAAUUUAUUGAUAAAGUAAAUUUUGAACUUCUAGACAUGGGCACCGCAGAUAAUGACAAACGUGAGCCUGAGCACCUUAGAAAAUUAUUUAUCGGCGGUCUUGAUUAUAGAACGUCUGAUGAUUCACUAAAGGCAUUUUUUGAGAAAUGGGGAGAAAUUGUUGAUGUAGUCGUUAUGAAAGAUCCAAUGACAAAAAGAUCUAGGGGAUUCGGUUUCAUCACAUAUUCAAGCACAAGCAUGGUUGAUGAAGCCAUGUCAAACAGACCCCACAAAAUUGAUGGAAGAGAGGUGGAAACCAAAAGGGCCGUGCCAAGAGAUGAAAUAGGCAAACCUGAGGCAGGCGCCACCGUCAAGAAAAUGUUUGUUGGUGGCAUCAAAGAUAUGAUCGGGGAAGAGGAAUUAAAAGAGUAUUUUGGGGAAUUUGGAAACGUUGUGUCUGUAUCCAUUCCAGUUAACAAAGAAAGUGGAGUUAAAAGAGGAUUUGCAUUUGUUGAGUUUGAUGACUAUGAUCCUGUGGACAAAGUUAUUUUGAAGAAAAAACAUGUAAUCAAGGGCAGACCAGUGGAUGUCAAGAAAGCCAUGAACAAGGAUGCAGUGGGAGGCAAGGGAGGAGCAGGGGGUGGCCGAGGGGGAGGCAGAGGUGACCAGGGGUGGAACAAUAGAUCAGCUCCCAUGCAGCAGCAGAACAAUUGGGGAGGCAAUGGUUAUGGUGGGAGUCCGUGGGACGCACAGGGAGGAGGCCAGGGCUGGGGAGGUCAGCAGGCUCCCCAAGGCUGGGGCCAGGACCAGGGCUACGGGGCCUGGGGUAAUCAGCCUCAGCAAAGCUAUGGUCAACAGAGCUACGGUGGUGGUCCCAUGCGCAACAACAACUAUGCUGCCGGCAACAGGACUGCUCCCUAUGGAUCAGGAGCAGCAGGAGGUGGCUACAGUGGUGGAUAUGGAGGGGCAGCCAACAGUGGUGGCGGUGGAAGAAGAUAUUGAAAACGUAAGUUUGGUGGUGCAUCAAGACCUACUACCUUCUCAGAUAUGCCCAUUGUAUGAAAAGGACAUUUUUGAAUGUGGAUUUUUAACUAAUUAAUUUUUUCAUAGUUUUAAUUUAUAACGUACGGAAAAAAAACUUUGUCGAGGGAGAAUUUUAUAAGUAUUUUGCUAUCGUUGAUUUUUAAAGAAAACUUGUUGUACAUGAAAUAUAUUACACUGAAGUAUAAAUUAAUUAGUUUGUGUAGUAUCAUUCUUCUGAAUUGUAGGCAUUCACUUACACUUAUCAAUUUAUUAGAAUAUCAAUAGUCUUUUAGAUUUUGUACCAAUGUGAACAUUAUAUAGACAUUUAAUAUAAAGUGUUUUCCAUUUAUGUUAA